AUGUCAGAUAAAGACCAGGUGUUCUGGGAUGCCGUCAUGGACCACAAUAAGGGUGGUGGUUGCGAGAAACGCAUUUUCAAACGAUUCAAGAAGCGCAGCAAACCGAUCAAUGUCGAGCAUCUCGCUGAAACGUUCGGUGUUGACAAAAAAGAGAUUGAGCAGGUGAUUCCAACUCGACCGUUCAAGCAUAUGUCAAACUAUGAAACAUAUCCAUGUACUAUGGCUGAGUUUUUGUACAAAUGGGGCGCCUACAUAUGGGAUGCGCUUGUUUCAGCCCUACUUCACUCAAAGAGCUCAGUAGAUGUGUUCAUCAUUUUAUGCGAAAAUAGAAACGUUUUGCUGCUAUUUUUAUGUGACGAACCUGCAAAAUGCAAUUCAACCUCUUGGUUCAUUUCUUUCAAACUCCUUCCAAAAUUCAUCAUUGACUAUGACGAGGUUGCAGAGGUAUCAAUCAAUCGUGUCAGUUUGCAGGUCUACUCGCUAUUCAUGAAGAUCGACGACGACCGAAGUGGCAGCAUUACGGCGCCAGAGAUCGCACAUGUCCUCAGUAAUUUUGGAUGUGAUGUAUCUCCAAAAAUUGUUCAGGCUGUAAUGCGUUCAUCGGAUAAAAAUGGUGAUGGCGAAAUCACUUUUGAAGAAUUUUUAGCAGUUGCUUUGUCAAAGUCAAAGCUGAAGAAGUAUAAAGACAGUAUGCCUCAUGUGACGAAGAUGUUGGAAGAGCGAAAUGAACAAUACCUAAGUACCGAAUCAUUGCAAGACGUAUGGUCGCAAUCGGUUGGCGUUAAGAUAAGUGAACACGAGGCGAAUGCUUUACUGGCUCAAGCAAACCCGUCGAAUGAGAGUCAAGUGACAAACCAUCACUUCAUUCGAAUGUGGCAGAAUAUUUGA